AUGAGACCUAUUUUGCUGAAGGGACACGAGCGUUCGCUCACACAAGUCAAAUUCAACCGGGAGGGCGAUCUGGUCUUCACAUGCGCUAAGGACAACGUCGCCUCCGUGUGGUAUUCCAUCAACGGCGAGCGUCUCGGCACGUUCGAGGGCCACCAGGGUACGAUCUGGUCGAUCGACGUGGACCAGAGCACGCAGUACGCGGUGACCGGGUCCGCAGACUUCAGCAUCAAGCUGUGGAAGGUCGAGGACGGCACAAACGUGUUCACGUGGAAGACCAAGACGCCCGUGAGACGCGUGGAGUUCUCGCCUGCAGGCGACAGAAUCCUGGCCGUGCUGGACGGUGUGAUGGGCUACGCCGGCAGCGUGUCCGUGUACGAGCUGAAGCGCGACGCGCAGACGCAGGAAGUCGUGGACGUGGUCGAGCAGCCCCUGUUCGACAUCCUGACGCGCGAGGGCUUCGAGAUCGCCGCGGUCGCCGCCUGGAGCUUCGGCGGCAACUACAUCGUGGCGGGCCACAAGGACGGCAAGGUCAGCAAGUACGACGGCCAUACCGGCGACUUCGUCGACGCCGCGGAGCUGCACACCCAGAGCGUCAGCGACAUCCAGUUCUCGCCCGACGGCACUUACUUCAUCACCUCCUCCAGAGACAGCGCGGCGCGUCUCGUCGACAUGGAGACCCUCGAGGUCCUCAAGACCUACGAGACCGACUGCCCGCUGAACAGCGCCUGCAUCACCCCGCUCAAGCAGUUUGUCAUUCUGGGCGGUGGCCAGGACGCCAAGGACGUCACCACCACCAGCUCACGUGAGGGUAAGUUCGAGGCCCGUUUCUACCACAAGAUCUUCCAGGACGAGAUCGGCCGUGUGAAGGGACACUUCGGUCCGCUGAACUACGUCGCCGUGAGCCCCCAGGGCACCUCCUACGCGUCCGGCGGAGAGGACGGUUUCGUGCGCCUGCACCACUUCGACAAGAGCUACUUCGACUUCAAGUAUGACGUCGAGAAGAGCGCCGAGGCGCAGAAACACAUGCAGGAGCUGGAGUCUGCGGCCGCGUGA